UGCUUUCAAUAUACUCUGUGUCCCUCAUUUACUCAGGGGUUUCCAUUAGUUUUGGCAGUUACCUGUUUAUGUCUUCAUUUUCUAAUUCAACCUUGAGACAAUAUGGAGGAGUUAACCAGAGAGGAACAUCUAGCGAUGAUGCCUCUGAGUGGAGCGAAACAAACUGAUAUAGAAACGAUAUACAACAUACAGACUAACUUCAAAUGCUGUGGGCUCGUACAAGGCUACCAAGACUGGGGCACAGACAUCCCCAUCUCCUGUCUCUGUUCUGAUGAGGACUCAACAGACUUUAAAUGUGUUGCUCCUGGUAACAAUACAAGAUUUGUUAUUCACUAUCACAAAAGUAAUUCGUCUGAGGAUGAUGACCACAAGGGAUUAAUGGAUGAAAACAUGCUGGUAUAUGAAAAGCCAUGUCUUCCCAUCCUGAUCUCUGUUGAGAGAAGUGCAAUCAGCCUGGGAAUAGGAAUAUUCGUAGCACUGACAGCAUUAUGGGAUGUUGGAGUUGUCCUGGCCAUCACAAUACUCUGCCAGAUGAGAAGAAAGGUUGAUGUGCCACCUGUGAUCUUCACCUCUCAACCACCUCAAUACAGAGAGCUGUGUGACACAGCAGAGUGUCUGACAUGAAAUGGUUCUCUUAUGAAGGAGACUCAAUGCACUAGUCUGAGUGCCAGUCUGUUUGUGCCAUCAUGACAACUCCUGUCACUCAUUUGUGUCAAGCCAAACAUGACAAUGGGUGACAAAGAGUUGGCUUGGCAAUGACAGCAAUGGAGUUGUCAUUGGCCAGACCACAAACAGAUCUGGGAUCAGGCUAGCAAUGCAUCCAUAUUAUGUACACACAUAACACACAUGAAAGGACAACUUGGGACAUUAUUAGACAUUAGACAUCUCUACUGUGUUGUCCAAAGUAUUACUGUUUAACUGAUUAUCCAUCUGACUGCCAGCAAGAGUCUUCUUAUUGGCUGUCAAAGGUUCUGUAAAACCUGUGGUUUGUUUUUCUGUUGUAAAUAAUUGGUAACCAUUUAACCGUUGAAGUGCCUCAGUGUUGGUUACAGUGUCUUGAAUAAAGGGACAAGCAUCUUAA